UCUCAUCAUCAUAAUCAUCAGCAUCACAGCCGCAUGGCCCUCUCACACGCCUACACGACCCUUCUCUCCACCCUUCACGAGCGAUCCUCCCUCCUUCAAGCGCCUAGCGCGACGAUCCCACCCAGCUUACAUCGCACCCUCAAACGACAGAUCGACUCCUUCGCCAAAGCAGUCGAGCGUAGCGGUGGUGGGCAGGAUGAGCAGAAGGACGUAAGAAUGAAGUGGGAGAGAAUCCAGGAGGCGUUGGAGAGAGACGAGGAUGGACGCAAGGUGCUUGUGCAGGCCAGGGACAGCCAUCCAAUCUUGACAGCACUAUCAGAACCACCAGCACCGCCGACACCCGCUCCGAAGCAAUCAAAACAGCAUAGCGACGACGAGCCGUAUCAGGACGACUCCCCGUCCGACCCUCUCGCGCCGAAGCCUUCGCAGGACAAUACCGCCCUCCUUCAAGCACAGCGUCGCAUCUUUGACGACCAAGACACACAGCUCGACGCUCUCUCCCUCUCAAUCGGUCGACAGCACGAGUUGGGCAUGAGAAUGAACGAAGAGCUCGAGCUACAGGGCGAGUUGCUGGAGGAUCUCGACGGAGAUGUAGAAAGGACGGGGCUGAGGCUGGGGAGGGCAGGAGGGCAGUUGCAGAAGGUCAGCAGAGGGGUAAGAGAGCAUGGCUCCCUAUGCGCCCUCUUUGGACUCAUCGUCAUUCUCAUGGCCCUCAUCAUCCUUUUCAAGUAGACGGGCGCAUACGCUUGCCGUAUCCCCCCUCCCGUUAUCAUGUCUUCGCCUUCCCAUAUCCUCGCCUCGCCGAAAAUGUACUUGUACUCGCUUCAGCAUCGUCAUGCUUGUGUGGAUGGACGCGGCACAAAAUGCCUCAAUGUGUGUGAAUAUGUUGAUUCGCCUCGACCAAAAUAUACAGAUACAAGCAGC